ACGUCAUGACGUAGCCUCAGCUGUGCGCUUCUCGACCUCCGGGAGCUCCGAGGAUACUCUCUCAGAGUCCCUGCCGUCAUUAGACGCUCAUGCGGUUUUGCAGUCGCCCGGAGCAUCUGCUGCUAUGAGUGCUUUCUGUCGCCUGAUCCACAGAGGACUGUUGAGCCUCAGGCCGUCGUGUCGUUUAUUCCCCGGACAGCAGGAUGCGUGCGCGGUGGCUCCUCUGGCUCUCACGGUCCGGACAGCUAGCUCAUCCAGCCCAGUCAACUUGACCUAUGAUGUCUUCGACGGGAAAGGGGAGAGCACUCCCCUGGUGUUUCUUCAUGGCCUUUUUGGCAGCAAAUCUAACUUCCACUCAAUAGCAAAGUCCUUGGUGCAGCGCACAGGCCGAAAGGUGCUGACUGUAGAUGCCCGUAACCAUGGCAACAGCCCUCACAGCUCGGAGCUGACCUAUGAAGCGAUGACCGAUGAUUUGAAACACCUCCUCACCAAGCUUCACAUUGAGAAGUGCGUCCUCAUCGGCCACAGCAUGGGGGGCAAAACGGCCAUGACGACCGCCCUGUCGCAGUCUGGUUUAGUGGAGAGGCUGGUGGUAGUGGACAUCAGUCCAGCCCGGACCACAUCACGAACAAACUUUCGCUAUUACAUCCAGGCCAUGCAAGAGGUGAAGAUCUCCAGCGACAUCCCGCGUUCCACCGCCAGGCGGAUGGCUGAGGAUCAGCUGCGCACUUUAGUCAAGGAGCGCUCCGUGCGUCAGUUCCUGCUGACUAACCUGGUGGAGCAGAAUGGCCACUACGCCUGGAGGGUUAACCUGGAGGCCAUUGAGGCGCACCUUGAUGACAUCAUGAGUUUUCCCAGCUUUAACACUGUCUAUGACGGACCCACAUUAUUUUUGGGAGGAGCCAGUUCUGCUUAUAUCAGCUCUGACGAUUACCCAGAGAUCCAGAGGCUUUUCCCGAGCGCAGACAUCCAGUACAUCCCUGACGCGAGCCACUGGAUCCACGCGGAUAAACCCUUAGAUUUCAUCAGCUCCAUCAGCUCCUUCCUCCAGUCCUAGCUGACUUCUGCCUCCGCCUCAGGACUUUUUUUAAUGCUCAGCACUCCUGAGCAGACCCUUACUGAAAAUGACGGUUAGUAUUCUGCAGCCUCCACAAGAGCAAGUGUCUUUAAUGAUAUCAUUGAUGAUGCUAUUAUUUGCCAACACUGGACCAAACUUGCCCUUGACAGCAGCAGAAGCGGCAGCCAAUCCUCCUCUUAACCAUUUUAAUGUAGUAAAACAAACGUGAUCAUUUCUUUUGUUUUCUACCAGACAGGUAGUGUUACUAGACGGGCUGCUUUUAGAUGUGUUUUCAUGGAUGUAUUCCUCGCUAGGUAAACAAAAUAUAAUUUAAUGUGGUUUUAGAGGUGAUGUACUAAUCUAAAGAAACUCUCGUGUGCAGAGUGCUUUCUUUACAUUACUGCAUUAGAAAAGGUGGCGCUAGGCCAAGUAUAAUCUGGGACUGCUGAGGUGGACCAGCUAUAAGAUCGUUGGAUAUGAAAGUUUUUGACAGCACAGAAAUGAAACCAAUACUGUAUGUAUGUAAGAAGAUGAGUUAAUAUUCUAAGCAAAAGAUUUAUUUAGGUCUAUUUGCCCGAGGGAGUGUGGUGUUGUGUCAGGAUGUUUGAGCUCGUGCAGAAAUGACCUGCAUAGAUGGUUUGUUGUAGAGACUUAUUUUGAUGUGGAUAAUUGUAACAAGUAUUUCAUAUUUUUGGCCUGUAAUGGUUACAGUCCUCUCCUUUGUGUGCCUGCUGUACGCCAGAGAUGAGGAUUUACAGGUCAAUGACUGAAGGUCUUUAAGAGUGCUGGUUAUAUUUAUUGGGCAACAUAAUGUAUAACCUAUAAACAUGAUAUAUGAAAGCUAAUCUGAAACACUCAAAUAUGGUGUCACAAUCUGUCUCCUGAUUAUCUCAGUGUUUCCUCUAGGUUUACAGCUUUGGGGGGGCGCUCGAAAAGUUGUCAACCCCCCCACCCCCCGUCCCCACGCCAGCCGCUGCGUAGGCGGAAACCGCUCACCCAUGGGACACCCCCCCGCCGGUCUGUCUGCGUACGGCCCGGCCGGCGUACAGGGGGUCGAAAACUUCAUUUUCCACACGCUGUCUCUGUGCGCAGAGAUCUGUGGAUAAUUGUAAGCGUAAAAAAAGAAAAAAACUGACUUUAUUGGGGGUCUGGGGCACCCCCCUAAUUGAAUGGUGGGGGAAACACUGUCUCAGGUUACACGUGGAUAUGCUAAUUAUUAAAAGAUUAUACUAUUCUCCCGUCUGUGUGGCAGAAAGUUGCAGUAGUGUAGUUAUGUCAAUGUAUUUGUCCACAGUGUUUUGAUUAAACCCGUUUUACUGAUUUUAAAAGUGUAUCUCGCUUAUCUGUACGACUAAAGACAAGGUUAUAUGGGUAUCUCACAAAUAUGCUGCAGCAUCGUAUGUUGUUACCUAAUCGUAAUAGUGUGAAUAUCAUUUGUUUCCUUUAUUUGGGGCAGGACAGUCCAGUGUGAACCUGCCAUCUGUAUGAAAAAGCAAGGUGUUGUAAACGUGUGCCUCUUUUGUCAAGAGCUCCUUUUCCAUUUCUGUAAGACUUGAUAAGAAAAGAAAAAAAAAAACGUCUUCUUAAAUAAAAACUAGCAGACUUUGGAUUGGCAGCUGGGUUGCCAGUUCUGUGAGAGUUGUGUCCCGAGGAAGCUUAGGAGAUGAGGGCGUUAGAUGUUUACAACAAUCAGUGUUUUAUGUGCGUUUGAUGUGAAUACAGACGUCUGAAAGGCUUUAUGGAUCUGAAUAUAUUUGAGAGAAACUCCUUUUUUUUUUAUAAAUCUCCAGUUAGUGGAGAAGUCCAGACCCCCUCAACAUCCUUAACCACGAGACAGACACGUCCUGUUGCACAAUAUGAAUAGCUUUUGGGGUGUUGUGCGACGCUGACGUUUGAAUGCAGAUCCUGCUUCAGCUUCUGUAGUUGCACUGGGACAAGUAUCUCUGUCUAACUAGGGAAAACUCUCUGUCAACAAUGUAUAAAAAAAAGAGACAUUUAUUCAAUUAUAUCGAAAAGUUAUAAGACUGUAAUCAUCUCCUCUGGACUGUAUAUUGUUCCACUAUGAGCAUGCCUUUUAACUUGUCAUCAGGUGUAGCUUUGCUGUGCUAAAUAAGUCUCAGUUUGUUCAACAUGUUGUCACAAUAGUGGCGCUCAUUCUAGAUAGUUGCAUAUAUACAUUUUAGAUAUGACAAUGAAUGACUUAAGAGUUGGUUACUAAUAUAUAAUUGAAAAUGUACAAACUGUUAUACAAUAAAAUCUGCUACAGAGUU